UUUUUCUUGUACAGUUCUCCUACCAAAUAAUAGAUGUUUGUUAUCCUAUUUCUGUCUAAGUUGGGAAAUAUAAUGCUUUCAUUAAGUUACAUUUGUUUUGCUCCAGAGUUUAUGAAGAGAGGCUGGGUUCAUGCACACUUCCUCUUAAAUCCCUCCCCCUAUUACAUUCCUUCAGCCCGCAGCUCAGAUCAUAAGCACAGGAAACAUGAGACACUGUUGUUUUUUCACACAUUUGUCAUGAACUAACUCUGAAUCUUUAUAAAGAUACAGCUGGGGAGCUAAGCGAUUUUGAGGUUGUGAGCUUCCUGAGUUAAACAGGAGAUGGCACUCUUUAACCGUGACCCAGUCAGGAAUGAAGACUUAGAAAACUGGGAUUGGAUUGCUUCUGGGGGAUUCGGUGUUGUCUACAAGGCCAGGCACAAUAAAUGGUGUUCUGAUGUGGCUAUUAAGCUACUUAAUCUGGAUGAUCGCUCCAUCUUGCUCCUGGAAAAAGCAUUGUACAAUGAGGCUACUCAAAUGGAGAAAGUGUCCUCGGACUUUGUUUUGAGGGUUUCUGGAAUUUAUAAAGGAUGUCCUCCAAUCAAAGGAAUGUCGGUCCAACAAGGAAUAGUCACACCUCUCAUGAGAAAAGGAUCCAUUGAGAACCUACAAGCGUACUUUCCUGACGGUCUACCGUGGCCGCUGGUCUUCCGUUUGGCACAUGAAGUAGCUUUAGGAAUGACCUUCCUCCAUUCAAUGGCUGUUCUGCACCAUGACCUAAAACCAAGUAAUGUUCUGCUGGAUGAUGACCUUAGGGUCAAGUUGGCAGACUUUGGUCUAUCUAGGACUUCCGUCAGCGCUUUGAGCAGCAGCCAAGAGACACAAGCAGAGAGUGGAGGCUCGUACAAGUACAUGCCACCUGAGGCUUUUAAUUUGUCAUAUAAGCCUCGUCGUUCCUUUGACAUUUACAGCUACGGUAUUCUUCUCUGGUCCAUCAUCAAUGGUGAAGAACCUUAUCCAGGCAAGAACUUCACUCUUGUGAAGCUCUUGACCCGUGGUGAAACGGGCCAGAGACCUCGUGUUGACACACUUUCACAGAUAAACGUUGAUGGUAUGAAAGAGAUCGUCGACCUCAUGCAGCGGUGCUGGGAUGCAGAUCCAUCCAAGAGACCUCCCUUCACAGACUGCAUCAAAGUCACUGAAAAAUUGUUCUCCAAGCACAAGAGUGGCAUUCGUGAGGCCGUCUAUAAAGUUGUGAAAAAACUGGAGUCUGAUACAAGUGCGCCAGACUAUCUUAAUUCACCAACCCCAGGAGAAUCAUUUGACUCAGUCGACCACCCUGCACCAGCAGCUCAGGAGCAGACAUCUGCAAAAACAGUCAGCCAACAGUCCACACAAACUAUGACUGAGGAGGAUAAAGCAAACUUUGUAGAUGACAAUAUGGCCGUUUUAAUACAAGACACUGACAUGGUAAUGGCGAUAACUGAAGAGAUUAAAAAACUGGUCCACGGUGAAGCCUACUCACGGAUUAAUGCUAAAGAGACGAACCAGGACAAAAUGAGGGUACUAUACCAGGGACCUUUACGUUCAGGAGGAAAGCGGGUCAAAGCAGCCUUUUAUGAUGCCCUUAAGAAACAUCAGCCCGACCUGGUGGAGAGGCUCAGUGGCUAAUGCCUACGAAGUUGUGGAUUUUCUGACGUUCGUUCGUGGACAAAGUGUGAAGUCUUUCCUUGCAGCUGUUCUUACUUUUUUUUUAAAUACAUUAUUUUUAUAUUGUCUACAUUUUCUACCAUAGGACUUCAUUCAUAGGAAAACCCAAAAUUGUGACACUAAAAAGCCUGGAAGCACUUGUGGAUGCCGGUAAAUCCUAAACAUCCACAAACUUAAUGAAUGCCUUUUUUUUUGCAUUGUAGGAGAAACUACUAAGCGUAAAGGCAGGGAAAGGAAUAAGAGGACUGCAGGGAGGAGAGGAGGAGCAGGGAGGAGUCACCUCUGCCUGUUUGGUUUUCAAAUAUCAACCAGAUAACCCUUAUCCGACCUUUAAUUUAAACAUGCUUGACAAACUUUUACGUACAGUCCCAUCCAAAGUGUUGGAUAUGGAAAGAUCAUAUUUUUUAUAUUACGUUAUAGACUCGACUAAAUGAGACUUAAACAAAAAAGUGUGUACAUCUAAACGGUAUACAAUGUAAUGAAAUGCACAAAAUAUUCAAGCUAAAUAUAUCGUGUAUCAGCAUUAUUGUGUGAACAGUCUGAACUGUUUAUCUUGUAAUAAUAUUGUCAAUUUGACAAUUUAGAGCAGGGCUAUUCAAUUGGCGGCCCACGGGCCACAUGCGGCCCGCCAGGAGCUUGUAUGUGGCCCCUGGUCAUAUUUCAAAAAAGGGGGUGUUUUUUUUUUAAUAAUAUUUUUAUAACUGGCUACUAUGGACUGAAAUGCUUGUGCUCAAUGCUUAAUAUAAUAUUCAAAUAAAGAAAUCUUGGUGGAAAGUGGUGCUUUGUCAUUAUGGCAUGUUUUAUUAAAAGUAGGUAAAUAUCAACUUCAUUAAGUUUGCACAAUGCAUGGUUUCAAAAUGAACUUGCAUUCAAAAUAAUAUUUCUUUAUCUGAAUAUUAUAUUUAACAUUCACAAUUACUAAAUCUGGAGACAAUUAAUACAUAAUUCAUAUGUAAACUAGAUAUAUUCAAAUGUAUAAUACAAAUGUAUUAUAUUUACAUAAGUUUUCGUCUUUGAGUGCAAAAUACAUUUUGAAAACCCCCACAUUUUCAAAUUGUGCGGCCCUCUCCAUACAGUCCUUUUGCAGAUGUGGCCCCCGGCCGAAUCUAGUUGAAUACCCCUGAUUUAGAGGAUUGUCCAUGUCGAUAUCUAUGAGACCUUCUACACAAAUGUCCAGAUACUCCCUAUAAUCUUGUAUGAAAUUAAUAGAUUUUUGUAUUCCAGAGUGUGAACAUGAUUACCUUUUUUUAUAAGCUUAAUUGUCUGAAAAGAAAAAAAUAAUAAAAGGAACUACAUA